CGUAGCUGUGCGCGUGAAGACAGUCUUACCUCCACACGAGGAGAAAAAUCCGCUGUAUCAGCUCUGGGUGGCAUUGCAUUCUGGAGAAACGGUCUCAGCUGCGGUAGUACUGUCCUUCCUUGUGUGUUUCAUUCUUUGCUUCCUCCCGUCCAUGACAGCUGCUCGAUUAGAGAGGGAGGAGGCGUCUAAAGCGAAACUGCACAUUUUGCUAACAGGGAUUUCGCACAUGCAAUACUGGUGGGGAGUCUUCGUGUGGGAUUUUCUUUCCUACUAUUUGGUUCUCUGGAUGUUUAACGUCUUGUUUCUGCUCUACCGAAUUCCUUACUUCGGCGCAUUCUGGAGCAAGUACGGGGCCGCUGCGUCCACGAUAUUCAGCCUUUUUAUUGUCGCGACACUGCUUUUGACUUACUGCUGCUCACACUUGAAAAACGAGGUGUUGCCACGUCUUUG